AUGAUCGACUCAGGCACACCGUGUCCGGGCCUCUCACACCUUCAUCUCAUCUUCGUCAUUAGCAACAAGGGCAGCUAUCCUCAUUAUUGGCGAUCGCCCAUCAAGCUCUUAGCUUUGGCGAUCGCACUGCCUCAUCUGCGUUCGCUUGCGGGGCGCGCGUCACAUCGAGUCACGCGUCGAGCCCCUUGCGACGAGCUCCGCUAAUACCCUUCUCAUCCCAUCGAUUCCGUGUACCACACUCGCACGCGUUGCGCCACGACAGCGGUGUAUCGACUCCGAGAGCGCUGUAGCUUCGUCUCCCUACUGAUGAGCGUGACGAGCCGCACGA